AUGGCCGCCGCCCGGCGCGGGGCCCGCGACGGGGAGCGCGGCGGCCGGGGGGCGGGGGCGGGGGCAGCGCAGGGGCCCGCGCCGGCCCGCAGCGCGGAAAGCGGGGCUCCGGGCCUCGCUCACCCGCCGCUCUGCGCGGAGCUCAGGCGAAAGCUGCCUCCCAGGCCGCCCUUCCACCGCGCGGAAGCCGGCUGGCCGCGGUGCUCCCGGUGCAGAUUGGCCUGGGCUAAAAAUAUUCAAGAUCCUCAGAUUGCAGUGGGUUCCCAUUCCCCACUAGAAAAGAGGAUUAAGAAUUUAGGUGGCAUCCAUUCUUCAGGAGUGAAAAAACUGUUAGCCCAAGAGUUUCAGCAGGAGAAUGAAGCACUUGCUAAACUUAAGGCCACAUCUUUUGACUUCCAGUUUGCUAAAGCAGAGGAAUACUACUACCAACGAUAUCAAGAAAUGAUGAUGGAAGAAGCAUGGGACUACAAAAUGGUUCCAAAGUGGGAGAUUAUGAAAACAGAGGAGGAGGAUGCCAACGCGUGGGAUUAUCUAGUGUCUGAAAGAGAGCUAAAUCACAUAGAGAAACACAUAUACCGAGCCGAACGAGCAAGGGGCCUCAGAGACCAAAAGUAUCAACUGCUCCCUCAGAAACUUCCAAGUGAAAUGCUUUUCCCAAAAAUAUUAACACUGGAGGAUGAAAAGAAUGAAGAUAUCCAGAAAACACACAAAACGAAAACCGGAAAGCACAAGGUAGCAUGGGCAAAGAAUCAGAUGAAGGGACAUAAAGAUCAAAUGAUUAGAGGAAGAGAACUCUCAGAGCAAAGAAAUGAUCAAAGAGAACCUUGGAAGCUCUCCAGUCAAACUUCUCCUCUCCUAAAACCUCAAGUGGAGAAGGAGGAGAGAGUGUUUGAAAGGGUCACAGCUUAUCCUAUCUUCCAGCCUUACCAGAAAUCAUGCAUAGAAGUGAGCAUCCUGAGGGAAAAAUCGAAAGAAGAUAAAAUUCAAAAACCACUCCGAAGGGAGUUCUUGAGUUUGCCACCUUUUCUGAGAAGUCAACUAAAAAGGAAUAAAGUUUAAAUUAUUUUUUGA